CACUUCCCAGCAUCAGUCUGGUGCCUCCACAUGCUAAUCGGUGCAGCGAGGACAAGAGACUGAUCCAGCCCCCGCCAAAUCCUCAAAUAAGAGAUCACAGCAUCGUCAUGAAGAGGUGGAGCAGCCAUACGAACAGCACGGAGACGUGAGUCAGGCACGGACCUGCCAUAGAAGGAGGGUUAGAAAAGCAGGGAAGCAUGGCUGGAGACAGCGAACAAGCGCUGCCUCACCACACACCGCAGAACAGGCCGCCUUUCCUGAUCGGAGUCAGCGGGGGCACAGCGAGCGGUAAAUCAUCUGUCUGUUCAAAGAUUGUACAGCUUCUGGGACAAAAUGAGGUGGAUCAUCAUCAGAAGCAAGUUGUCAUGUUAAGUCAGGACAGUUUUUAUCAGAUACUGACAACGGAGCAGAAAAGCAAGGCGCUGAAGGGCCAGUUUAACUUUGAUCACCCAGAUGCCUUUGACAAUGAACUUAUCUUGAAAACUCUUCGAGAGAUCAUGGAGGGGAAGACUGUACAGAUUCCUGUGUAUGACUUUGUUUCACACGCCAGGAAAGAAGAGACUAUAACAAUAUACCCGGCUGAUGUGGUGCUUUUUGAAGGUAUACUGGCAUUUUAUGUUCAAGAAAUCCGAGACAUGUUCCGGAUGAAGUUGUUUGUGGACACAGAUGCAGAUACUCGGCUAUCGCGAAGAGUACUAAGAGACAUUAAUGAACGAGGACGUGAUUUGGAGCAGAUUCUCUCUCAAUAUAUUACUUUUGUGAAGCCAGCCUUUGAAGAAUUCUGUCUGCCUACCAAGAAAUACGCAGAUGUGAUAAUCCCCAGAGGUGCCGAUAACCUGGUGGCUAUCAACUUGAUUGUUCAGCACAUCCAAGAUAUCCUAAAUGGUGGAUUAACAAAGAGGCAGACUAAUGGUUAUGUGAACGGUUACACAAGCCAUCGGAGUAGGCACACCUCAGAGUCCAGCAGCAGCCGACCUCACUAAAGUGCCCUGUGAAUGUGGAAUCUGUAUAUACUUUACAUCAAUACAAGGUAUUCCACUGUAACCUGGAGACAAACAUGAGCUUUCAUUGGAGGAGAAUUAUUUCCUAUGGGCUGUAUGAGCUCUGGCCUUUUAAACUGCCAAAAAAUGAACCUGACUACUGCAACAAGAAUAAAACAUGCUGGAAUUUGCUGCUCUCGAAGUCAGAAUGGGGAAGCCGUGGCCUACUAUGCCUUUUUUUUCUUCUUCUUUUGCUUACUCCUAAUUUGAAUGGAGAAAGGGAAGGCUGGACUUUAAAAAUCUAAACUUGAACAUCCAUACUGACUACUGAAAAAAAUGAUCCAUAACAUACCUAAUAUCUCAUUAUUCUAGAAUUGUCAUAAUGUGAAAUCAUGCACAGUUAUUCACCACAAAAGUAUUUUCAAAGCUUUGCUAAUUUGAGUGUUAUUUCUAGGAGGAAGAUUGGAUAAAUGUGCAGUAAUUGAGGCAGUGUCAGUAACCCACAACUUAGGUGUGCGAUCCC